UCUGAUGUCGUUAUAGGAAUUCGGGGUGGAUUGACUCAGGCAAGCAUGAGGUAUGCAAAGGCUAAUAAUGAAAAGACACCAGAUUAUGACUCGACGAAACCGAAAUCAUGGCUUGUUUAUCAGGAUUGUAACAAUUUGUAUGGUUACGCGAUGUCACAAUUCAUGCCACACGGAGGCUUUAAGUGGGUUGAACCAGCAAUAAGGGGCUUAAAUAAUUUACACGAUAAAUCACCAAUCGGACGGAUAUAUGAGGUUGAUAUAUCAUAUCCAAGUGUACUUCAUGACAAACAUAAUGAAUUGCCAUUCCUUUCGAAAAAUAGUAUUCCACCUGGCUCAAAAGUUAAAAAACUUAUGGCGACUUUAGAAUCAAAGAAAAACUAUGUAAUUCAUUACCGGAACCUACAGCAGGCUAUAGCCAACGGACUCGUUGUGGAAAAAGUUCACAGAGUUGUUCAGUUUAAUCAGUCAGACUGGCUUAAGAAAUACAUAGAUUUAAAUACUGAAAUGCGCAAGAAAGCGAGAAACGAUUUCGAAAAGGAUUUUUUUAAACUUUUAAAUAAUGCUGUUUUCGGGAAAACUAUGGAAUCUGUAAGACGGAGAAAAAAAAUGGAACUUGUUUGUAAUGAAAAACGUUUACAAAAACUCAUAAACCUUACGACAUUCAAACACUGUACUACAUACAAUGAAACUCUUAAUGUCGUAUCAUUGGAAAAUAAAAUUAUUGAAUUUUGCAAGCCUAUUUAUAUAGGUUUUGCAGUGUUGGAAAUUUCAAAAACUGUCAUGUACGAUUAUCAUUAUAAUGUGAUGAAGGCGCAUUAUAAUGAUAAAAUUGAGCUCAUGUACACAGACACAGAUUCACUGGUAUAUUAUAUUCAAACUGAUGAUUUUUACAAAGAUCUGGAGAAUAAUUCCAAUUUACUUGAACGAAUGAAUACAUCUGACUUACCGCAAGAUCAUCCGUGUUACAUUGCCGAACGAAAGAAAAUUCCAGGUCUGUUUUCCGAUGAAACAAAAUCAGAAAUAAUGACAGAGUUUUGUGCUCUCAGAGCCAAGUCUUAUGCAUAUAAGAUCAAUGGCAAGGAGAGUAUCAGGGCGAAAGGAAUCCGUGGACAUGUGGUCAAAAACCAUAUGAACUUUAAAGACCAUUACAGAUGUCUGUUUGGUGAAGCCGGCGUCGGGAUAUAUAAAGAAAAUGUAUCGAUACGCUCGUUCAAACAUAAAUUGAAGACCAUUAAAACAAACAAAUUAACUUAUAAUAGUUUCGAUGACAAGAGGGUUAUACUUGAGGAUAAAAUACAUACCUUGGCUCACGGACACUACUCUAUAAAGGAAGAUGAACCCGAGGACGAUUGACUUUUGUAUAAAAAAAAAAAAACACACA